AUGUCCGGCGAGUCAUCCACAUAUAUGGCCCAAUAUGCUCCAUCUGCAUCUACUAUCGCGUCCAAAUCGGCCUCGACGAUGGUCAUGACGAUUGACGAGCAGCUGUUGAGAGCCGAUGAGCUCAAGGCGUUGGGUAACAAAGCAUACGAGCAGGAUAACCUGACAGAAGCGCUCAAGGAAUGGCAUCAUUCAUUGCUCUACUGUGCCGGGAUCAAUUCACUUGCGAAUCUGUACGGUGCCCGCUCGACUGACACCGAAAACGAGCGUGCUGCUGCAAUCACGAGCGCGGUCUACAACAACAUGGCUGCGUGCUAUCUUCGGCAAGCCAAGUGGGAGAAGGUCGUCUAUGCUGCUUCCAAAGCAUUGACGCUCGAGCCAAAGAAUCUGAAAGCACUAUACCGCCGAGGCGAAGCGUAUCUCGAGCUGGGCAGGAAUCAACUGGCAGCCAUAGACAUUGAUAACGCUCUCGACUUGAGGCCACAAGACCCUGUCAUUCGCAAGUUGGGCGAGCGCUUGGUGCAAGCCUUUGAGGACGACGAGAAGCAACGGCAGCUGGACAAAGCGCCAAGUGACUAG